AUGAGUAGUUUAUGUCUACAACGUUUACAAGAAGAAAGAAAAAAAUGGCGUAAAGAUCACCCAUUUGGAUUUUGGGCCAAACCUACCAAAAACUCAGAUGGCUCCUUAAAUAUGCAACGAUGGGAUGCAGGUAUUCCAGGAAAAGAAAAUACGAUAUGGGGACAAGGUUGUUUUCCAAUAACUAUAGAAUAUCCAAAUGAUUAUCCAAGUAAACCGCCGAAAGUUAAAUUUCCCGCUGGGUUUUAUCAUCCGAAUGUCUAUCCCAGCGGCACCAUAUGUUUAAGCAUUUUAAAUGAAAGUCAAGAUUGGAGACCAGCUAUCACUUUAAAACAAAUAGUUUUGGGUAUUCAAAGUUUACUAGAAAAUCCAAAUCCAAAUUCUCCUGCUCAGGAACCAGCUUGGAGAGCUUUUAGUAGAAAUAUUAAAGAAUACGAAACUAAAGUUUUGGAACAAGCAAGAAAAUAUCCUAAAUAG